AUUCGCAUUUAGUAAAGUUGUGGCUUUGUGGCUUCAUUGCUACUGCCAAAUUAGAUUCAUUCAUUGUCAAGUUAAUUGUCAAAAAAAUCACGCUCGAGUUGAUUCAGUGCGAAAUGUUUUGCAAAGAUAAGCGAAUCCUUAAAACGUGUGCUUUUAUGUGUUAUUUUGUAUAGGCCGCCUCUUUUAGAUAAACUACAAUGAGUAAAACAAAUCCUUUAGUCGGUUUGAUUGGGUACGGAGACUCUGACGAAAGUGAUGAUGAAGUGCCUUCACUUGCUGUGAAGCCAUCAAGGGCCCAGCCUCCAGAACCGAGCGCAGCGGGACAUGAACCCAGCGGAGGGUUGCAUCCUGCACCUAUACCUCAUUGUGCCUGGUCAGCAUGUUACGAUGACAGCAGCGGCUUCACCUACUAUUGGAACCAGCACACUAAUGCGGUCACCUGGGAAGCUCCGGCCGAGUACUUGAUGGCUUUGAAGUUAGCACAGCAUCAGUUACAUGCUUCAGGUUCAUCAGAAGUAUCAGCCGAAGAGUGGCAGCUGUACCAACAGACCCUGGCCGAGAAGCAAGCACUAGCCAAACCAAGCCAACCCAAGAUGCCAGACCAAGCCAAGCCAAAGACAAUCAAGAAUGGUGCCAAGCGGAAACCGGGCAGUGAUGAUGAACAUGAAAAAAUAGAACUAAUUACCUCCUACCACAACUCCGACUCUGAAUCCAACGAUGAAGAAACCCCAGCCAAGCCAGUCAAGCCUGUAGCCAAGCCAGCCAAGCCCACAGUCCCGAAGAACCCACACAAGAAGCAGAAGACCAAGCCGGUUGAGUACGGGCCCAGCUUGCCGAGCAACCAGAACUACACGGUGCCAAUCGGGCCGGAGCUGCCUCCGGGGAUGCUGGUCGAGGAGCUGGUGGAAAAGGUGGAUAAGACACAAUCGAAGACUCCACCUUUAGCAGAUACCGAUGAUAGCUUAGAAGAAAAAACAUUAUUCAUGAGAUUAAAGGAAAAAGCCAAACUAUUAGAAAAACUUGGUGGAGAAAUACCAACAGAAUUACAGAAAAUGAUCAAAGACGAUACAAAAGUCGUUUCUCCUAAAGUUGUGGAUGAAAGUAGCAGAGACAGCAAAAUUGACAAUAUUGAUGAUUUGUUAGAUGAGAUUGAAAAGAAAGAGCUGCCAAAAGUUAAGUCUAAGAAGACUGAUAUGUUUGGUGAAGAUUCAAAUAGUGGUAAAAAUACGCCUGUCGGUACUCCUCCUAGAGAAGUAAAACCUCUCUUUCCAAGUAGCAAAGCUAUAGAGGAGACACCACCACUACCACCAGUUCCUGCUCCUUCUGUAGUUGAAAAUGGUGUAGAAAAACCAGAAAUCCCAGAAAAGAAAGUUAACCUAUACUUGGCAGACACAGAAGUAAAAGAAAACCGCAAAAAGCUAAGGAUUGAUAAUUCUAUCCUUCCUGAAAGAAAGAAAAGUGAAGUCCCCGCUUAUACUACUAAAUAUUCACAAUAUAUAGAAGGUUUUUCAAGUGAGAGAACCGGAUUAGGUUUCAAAGAAAAUGACAAUGAAAGUCCAAAAGUGGCGACUGUCAGUUAUGGAAACGGUUUGUCGUUUACUAAAGGAGAAGUGUUGAAUGAAGAUAAGCAGGAUGAAGAUUUGGAUGAUAUGUCUGAUUUGGUGGAAGCCAAGUUGAAGUUUUUGAAUGAGGUGCAACCGUGUCAGGUGCCUCCUGUGCAGGAGAUGCUGAUACAAUGGCAGACGCUGGCGGCGGCGUUCCGCGGCGGCGCGCUGGCGGCGCCGUACUGGCGGCGCUGGGUGCGCGCCGGCGCGCGCGCGCUGCGCCGGCGGGAGCAGCGCGCCGCGCCGCCCGGCUGGAGCGCCGCCUUCCAGAGGUCCGAGGGCCGCUACCGCUACCGCCGCGAGGCCGACGGCUUCACGCAGUGGGAGUACCCGGCCGCUGAGACCAUGGAUAUGGAGAUAUGCACCACACCUCCCCCUGAGGAGCCAAAGGUAAGUCUGAGGGCCGCUACCGCUACCGCUGCGAGGCCGACGGCUUCACGCAGUGGGAGUACCCGGCCGCUGAGACCAUGGAUAUGGAGAUAUGCACCACACCUCCCCCUGAGGAGCCAAAGGUGGUGGUGCAGCCCCCGCUGCCGCCGGCGCCGCCGCCCCCCGCGCCCGCCCCCGCGCCCGCCCCUGCCGCCCCCGCGCCCGCCCCUGGCGCCGCCCACCCCGCCGCCGCCGCCCGCGUGGCGCGACCCGCCGCCGCCCGGCACCGACGAGCCGCCGCCGCUCCCUCCGGAGCCAAAGAAAGAGAUAGGCGACGAGCUCCUCUCGUUCUACAGCGACAUCGCGGAGCUGGAGGCGGCCCCCAGCCCGCCCGCGGCCCCCGGCCCCGCCCCGCCCGCCGGCCCCGCCCCGCCCGCGCGGCCCCCGCCGCCGCCGCCGCGGGAACCUGAACCUAAAGAGUCUAAAAUUUCCAAGAAGAAAUCUAAAGUGAAGAUAUCUUCCUCCAUCGGGCUGAAGCACAAGACGGUCUCGAGCAUGGUGGCCAAGUGGCAGCAGGUCGCCGACGAGAUACACUCCGACUAAACCCAUACAUGUAUAUUAUUAUAUGUAUACGGUGUAUAUAACAAAAAAAUAAAUUUAAAUAGAGGUGGAUUGUCAAAAUUUUGUAGCCACAGUAAAUUUACUGCCAUCUUUCGACACAUGAUUAAAGCUUUUAGAACGCCAUUUGACUUUGAGCUUUAUCCUUUCACUGAUAUUUGUUUAAUUUGUUAAAUAUCAAAAAGUGGCGCCAUCUACUAGAUCAAAUACCAUUUCGAACGAUGGCGCCACAAUCUUUAGGUAAGAUGGCGCUACUUUUUUAUAUUUAACUCAUAUCAGUGAAAGGAUAAGGAUCAAAGUCAAAUGGCAUUCUCAAAGUUUUGAUCAUGUUUCGAAAGUCGGCAGUAAAUUUACUGUGGCUACAAAAUUUUCUUUGACAAUCCACGUCUAUUUCAAAUUCUGUUUAAAAACACCACAUACUUAUAAGUAAUUGCUUUUUUUGUUCAAUAAAUUUUAUGGCAACUUUUUUGUUUAAAUACUUUAACAGCAGUUAAAGUAAGCAAAAAGCGGUAUAAUUUUAUUUCUAUACAUAUUCGAACAACCUAAGUAGUUAUCUGAAGAUUUUAGUAAUAUUGUAAACAUUCACACAAACGAUAUACGAAAAUGCUAGAUUUAAAAUACCGUGAGUUUUUUUUUAAAGUUUACUUCAAGCGCGUGGCGGAUGCAUUUUGUACAGAUAUUUAUGAUACGUAACCGUAGUUAGGUAUGUAAAUAUUAAUAAAUGAUCGUAACGACUGA